AUGGUGAUGAUGAUGAUGAUGGUGGUCCAGCAGCAGGUCAGCGGGGAGCCGCUGUGGACAGAGGCGGUGCUCCCCGGGUGUCCGGUGCGCGCAGUGCUGUGCGUGACGGCCGCGGUGACCGUGCUGCUCGGCCUGCUCUGGCUGUACCGGCUGAUCUUCUGCCCGCUGUUGCUGCGCAGGAGACUGGACGAGGUCGGAUACGUGACCGAGAAGCAAAGGUCCAGAGCGCAGGUGGCGAACGAGGUGCGCCGCAGGAGGAAGACUGGGGAUCUGCCCCCCGUUUACCCGAACGGCUGGUACCGGAUCCUGGACUCGUCCAUGCUGGAGAGAGGCGACGUGAAGGAUGUGACAGUUUUAGGACAGCAGGUGGCAGUAUUCAGAGGCUUAGAUGGGAGAGUUUAUGCGCUAGAUGCCUACUGUCCUCACCUGGGCGCUAACCUGGCUGUCGGAGGACGGGUGGUGGGAAACUGCAUCGAGUGUCCGUUUCACGGGUGGCAGUUUGGUGGAAAUGACGGGAAGUGCGUGAAGAUUCCGUACGCCGAAAAAGUGCCUCAUUUCGCAAAGGUGCGUCCGUGGCCGAGCUGUGAGGUCAACAACCAGAUCCUGGUCUGGUUUCACUGUGACGGAGAAGAUCCUGAGUGGACCGUUCCAGAGCAGCAGGAGAUCACAGAGGGACAGUGGGUUUAUCGAGGGAGGACGGAACACUUCAUCAACGCUCACAUACAGGAGCUUCCUGAGAAUAUCGGAGACUUUGCUCACCUCAAUUUCCUGCACACGCCGGGUUUCAUCAGCGGCACAGAUCUACGAUUCACCGGCACCAGAAUCUGCACGUUUCUGCAGCACAUCUGGAAAGCUCAGUGGGAACCGGAGUCAGAGCCCAACAAACACUGCUCCCGCAUGUUCCUCCAACACACACUGACUGUGUUUGGACAACACUUCUCUCUGCUGGAUGUUCACGUCGUGGCCAGACAGGUGGGUCCAGGUCUGGUGUGGAUGCAUUUUAAGCACAGUUUUCUGGGUCGAGGUCUGAUAUUACAGAGUGUGACUCCGGUGGAGCCUCUGUUGCAGUUUGUCACUCACACCAUCUACUACCAGGCCAAUGUUCCAGCCCUGAUUCCCAAGUUCAUCCUCAGAGUGGAGUGUGUUCAGUUUGAGCGGGACGUCAUGAUCUGGAACAAUAAGAAAUACGUCUCCAAACCUCUUCUAACGAAGGAGGACUCCUGCAUCCAGAGGCACCGGCGCUGGUUCAGUCAGUUCUACAGUGACAACAGUCCACAGCUGCAGCAGCGCAGGGACACGCUUCACUUCUGACCUGCAGGUGGACCACAGACAUGUGGACCACAGCGCUGGUCUCAGGGACACUUUACACUUUCUAUACAAUAAAGUAAAGAGGGAGAGUGACUGUGAAAAGUGUUGAUAUUCUGCCUAUUUUGUUGAAAUUUCUUUUAA